GUUUAUCAACUAAUGGACAGCUUCAUGUUUGUAGAGUUAUAUACAAGUGAUUUGCUCUGCCAGCACGCUUUAUGCAGGCUGAUUUAGGAACUUUCUUAGAGUUUUUAUUGGACACUCAGCUCGACCUUCCCAACGCUUUUGGGUCCACUGAGGCAAGCCGCCGAACGAAGUCAAAAUUCCAGGUCUGGUUGUUGUUUACUUGUCACAGCGAGGACGGAGCACUGCUGCCGUACAGGUUUUGAAACUCCAUUGAUAAGUUUUCCAACCCGCAUAUCGUGAUCUUCACUUUUUCGCCUCUUUCGACCAAUCCCCAAUUACAGCCGGACACUUAGAUAUUCAUACCUGCUGUAUCCUCACUCAAAUGCCGCCCACGCUCAUUUUAGUCCGCCACGCUCAAGCGCUUCACAAUGUAGACAGAGACUACACCAUCCACGACCCGGAGCUCUCCGAGCUGGGGCGGAAACAAUGCGAGGAACUUCACCAAAACAUCCUCUCCAGGAUAGGCCCUCACGACCUCGACGUGGGCCUCAUCAUAGUCAGCCCCAUGCGGCGAACGAUUGAGACUGCACUGCUCGCAUUCCCUGAACUUAUCGCCAAGGACGUUCCGAUAAGAGCUCACGCUGACUGGCAAGAGAACUCUUCACAGGCGUGUGACAUAGGCUCACCUCUCACCUCCUUGAAGCGCGAAUUUCCCCAGGUCGACUUCUCCCAUGUCGACCCCGUGUUCCCGGACAAGCUCUCUCCUGCCGGUGCGCGCUACGCCUCCACCCGCCGAGCCAUUCUAGCCCGGGGCCAGUCUGUCCUCCGAGAGCUGCGUGAGCGCCCGGAGAAGGCCAUCAUUGUGGUCUCGCACUCGGGGUUCCUGAGGGCGGGUGUGACGGGGCAGUGGUUCAUGAAUGCAGAUUACAGGAUAUUCGACUUUGUCGAGACACGUGGUCCCGCCGAUGGGUCGGAUGUCCCUGUGCUCAAGCAGCGGUCUGAGACCAUCAAGGGUGGGAUGGGUUGGAGUUGGGACACGACCGUGCCUUUGGGGGAUGGGCUGCCCGACGAGCUGCCGGAUGGGCUGCCGGAUGGUGUCGCGGUGAAUGCGGCGACUACCGCGUAACUUGGAGGGAUGGAGAGAAGUAGAGCAAGGCUGCGACUGCCGUGAUGAAUGAGUGGGUACUGCAUAGGAGCUCGGCAAUGGUGUUACUAGACAGCGGCACGGCAGCCUGACAUGGUCAUAGAUCACGAGGCAGGAACGAGCGCCAGGCAAGCAUGGGCAAUUGCGGUGCCCAGUUCCAGUUUGCCUUCCAGCGGAUAGACCGAUAGAGCCUGCCUCCUGCACUUAAUUACCUUACCUAAUUCGGACGAACAUGACACAGCUUUUUUGCUCUUUCU